CGCCAGGGCGCAGUACUUCGAGACAAACGCCGGGAAAGAACAGAGCCCGGGUCUCCCGACCUCCCGGUCCCCGCUCUCUACUGCUUGAACUGCUCUUAACCUCCCUCUUUCGCAGCACCCCAGGGAGCGACAGAGCGCGGGCUGGCGCGCGGGCCAGGGGACUUGGGACUAGUGCGCAGAGAGUGCGCUGCGAGGGAGCGCGGAGGUGGCGUGCAGGGUGGGAUCAAGAGCUGCACGGCUGAGUGGGAGGUGUCCGUGCGUCAGUGCUCACCGCCCGGUGUCUCCCUGCAGGUGUCCUUCUGUCGCAGGUGUCCCUCCCGCACGUGUCCCCGCGUCCGGCCAUGGUGGACGUGCUGGGCGGGCGGUGCCUGGUGACCUGCGACGGCGCGUGGGUCGAGGCCGAAACGGCCCUGCAGAACAAGGUGGUGGCGCUGUACUUCGCCGCGGGCCGGUGCGCGCCCAGCCGCGAUUUCACCCCGCUGCUCUGCGACUUUUACGCUGAGCUAGUGGACGAAGCGCAGCCGCCCGCGCCCUUCGAGGUGGUCUUCGUGUCUGCCGACGGCAGCGCACAGGAGAUGCUGGACUUCAUGCGCGAGCUGCAUGGAGCUUGGCUGGCGCUGCCCUUCCACGACCCCUACCGGCAUGAGCUGAGGACCAGGUACCGCGUCACGGCCAUCCCCCGGCUUGUGAUCCUGAAACCAAACGGGGAAGUCAUCACCGACAAAGGACGGAAGCAGAUCCGGGAGCGCGGGGUGGCCUGCUUCCAGAACUGGGUGGAAGCUGCCGACGUCUUCCAGAACUUCUCUGGUUGAGCUCGGGGGAAUCUCUGGGGACCCUGUACCCGUUGCUCCAGCCGAUGCAUCGUUAACACAGCGGAGAAGAGGAGCAGCCCGUUUUCUUUCUCUGGGCUCAUGGUUUCUUCAGAGCAGAAGCACUCAGCUGUGGUAGAAGGAGAAUAUUGCUCAGGGGAUACCCUCCCUGUAGCCUUGGUUGUAAUUAUUUUUUAUUAUUCUUAGUAUAGCUUUCUCCACAUGAGCUUAACUAUAUUCACAUUGAGCUAUUGGAAAUCUAUGCAAAACAUGUAUUUAUACAGGCUCUUCAGGUAAAACAACAUAUUGAUACAUUCUUCUGGAAAUGGCUUUAAUGAUAUGCUUUCACAACUACAUUUAUUACCAAAGU